UCAAGUGUAAAUACACUAUGAUUGCAGACAUAUUUCUUUACUCACAAUGUAAUCAGAAACAUUUCUAGUCCUACUCUCAACAAUACAUUUCUAAUUAACUUGUUUAUCUCUUCUUCAGGUGCAUCUGAUGUUGACUUUGAUGUGCUAGUGAUGGAGGGAGAUUCAGUCACUCUAUACACUGACGUUGAAAUAAACCAACAACUCAUAAUUACAUGGUAUUUUAAUGAAAUUCUCAUUGCUCAAAUCAAUGGAGAUCUCCGUUAUAUCUGUACAGUUGUUGAGUGUAAUGAGAGAUUCAGAGGCAGACUGAAGCUGGAUCAUCACACUGGAUCUCUGACUAUCAUGAACACCAAACUUGAAGACUCUGGAGAUUUUCAGCUAUCCAUAAACAGCCAGGAGAGUGACACAUACUUCUAUGUGUUUUUUUAUGGAGUUUCUGCUGUUGAAAGAUAUAAAAUGAGGAGAAAGGCGGUGAAUGAGGGAGAAUCUGUCACUUUAGAUCCUGGUGAAGUAAUAACGGAUGAUGUGAUGAUGACGUGGUAUUUUAAUGAUAAUCCUAUCGCUGGAAUCACUGGAAAUCAGAGUAAGAUCUGUACAGAUGUUCAGUGUAAUAAUAAAACUGGGAGAUUCAGAGACAGACUGAAGCUGGACAAUCAAACUGGAUCUCUGAACAUCACAAACACCACACACACAGACUCUGGAGAAUAUACACUACAGAUCAACAACAGCAGAUUCAGCAUUUUUAACAUCUUCAGUGUUUCUGUCACUGAUCAAUCUGACAGAUUCACUGACGGUCUGUCAGCUGAUCCAGGUUCAGGUGUGUCUGCUGGUGGUGAAUCAGGAACAGCUGUUUCUGUUCUGGUAUUUGCUGUGGCUACUGGUAUUGGUUUGAUGUACUGUCGCCUCAGGAUCCCCAAGAAAGGAGCAAUAAAACGGAUGUCGUGUGGUCUGAGCGGACGCCAGCGCAUCAGGGUUAAUAUACCUCAACCAUUUUCAUUGGGAAAACCUCUAAUGGGAAAGUGAGCUUGUGUUUUUGAGCUGUAAAACAAUUCUUAAAGUGUAGGUUUACAGUCCAAUGCUUUUUUCCAUUAUGAAAUGAAUAGGGAGUCAUAGGUUAGCAUCUAUUCUGGUUUUUCUGUUAUGGGUAAUGACUUUAUGCAUGUUUGAGCUGUUUUAACUGAACUAAGGUCUAAUCUAAGCCCUGUUUUUGAA